UUUAGGUGAGAUGUCGGAGAUGGAUCACUUCAACGCUCCACCCUAUCCAGAGGGGGACCCACCAGCCCGUGUCACGUGGAAGGGAGCUAUAAUCAAGGACAAGAGCUUGUGGUUCAAGGCUGGGUCUGGCCCUAUCAGGGUGAAGUUAAACCCGGUGGUUACUAUACUGAGUGCGCUUCUAAUCAUUGCGUUUAUUUUGUGGUGUAUCUUAGCACCUGAUCAUGCGUUGACUUCGUUCAAAUCGGCUAAAACUUGGAUAACCAGCACUUUUACGUGGCUGUAUGUUGGGUCUCAGGACAUUUGGACUAUCGUCAUCAUUGCUAUCUACUUCAGCAAGUAUGGGGAUAUGAAGUUAGGACAAGACGACGAGGAACCAGAAUAUAACGAUGCUACUUGGUUCACUAUGUUGUACGCCAGUGGUGUGGGGGUGGGCCUCUUCUUCUACGGAGUUGCUGAGCCAAUCUGGCACUACCAGGGACCCAACCGAUACACCAAGGAUAUAUACAUGCCUGACAACGAAGUGGCUCAGUGGGCCAUGAACCUGACCCUUUUCCAUUGGGGGAUACACGGAUGGGUCGUUUACGCCAUGGUCGCUAUUAUUCUAGCAUUCCUGACCUUCAGAAAGGGAAUGCCCAUGACGAUGAAAUCAUGUUUUUACCCACUGAUUGGAGAUAGGAUUUACGGAUGGUUGGGUGAUGUUAUUGACAUCUUCUCCGUACUAACCACUCUUUUUGGUGUGUGUCCUUCACUGGUUCUCGGAACUAUGCAGAUAAACAAGGGACUAAACUAUCUGAAUGAAGACAUCGCUGUCAGCAUUACUAACCAGGUCAUCAUCAUCUGGUGCAUCACCUUCAUUGCAACUGUUUCCGUGGCAACGGGUGUUGGUGUAGGUAUCAGACGUUUGUCAGAGGUGUGUUUCACUCUGGGGUUGGUGAUCAUGAUGAUGGUGCUUUUCCUGGACGACACCUGGUUUAUACUGAACCUCUUCUGUCAAAAUGUCGGGUUCUACUUUCAAUGGCUAAUACAGCUUGGAUUCCACUGUGACGCAUUCGAACUAAGUACCAAAUCAUUUGGCGCCCGUGACCGAGGUCGAAUGUAUGAUGACGGAGAAGGAGACGGGCCCCAGGGCUGGAUGGACUCGUGGACCAUCUUCUACUGGGGAUGGUGGAUCGCCUACUCGCCAUUUGUUGGAAUGUUCAUUGCUAAGAUAUCUCGAGGAAGGACCAUCAGACAAUUCAUCAUCGGAACUAUGUCAGCUCCUAUGAUCUACACCUUUAUGUGGCUCACUAUAUUUGGAGGAGCGGGCAUCCGAACCGAGCGACUCGCUGCAGGCCAAGGACUCUGCUGCACAUCUUGGAAUUCUACUGUUUUGGGAUGGAGUAAUGACAUGAUACUAACGGAAACAAACAAUUGGCCCAUUACAAAAGCCGGAUUGAAAUUAUGUAAAGGAGAUGAGGGCGAAUCAGCUGCGUGUAAAGAUUGCGGCUGGAAGUUGCUUGAUACCUUCAUCAAAUCUAGAGCAGAUGGCACCCUCCCUACAGUAGAAGAGAUUGUGGGUUACAUUAAUGAUAACGAUAGAUGGCUUGGGAAGUACAAAUCAGCAACAGACAAGUCAGUUUCUAGACUGUCGUGUAUGGCGAGUGAGGAGAUGUUGUUUGCACAAAUGUCUACAUACGGUGAUAUGGGGCCCUUCCUUUGCGUCAUAUCUCUCGUUGCUAUCGUACUUUACUUCGUAACCAGCUCGGAUUCAGGUAGCUUGGUAAUAGACAUAAUGUCGGCAAAUGGUGAUCAAGACCCGCCCAUUCCUCAGCGUAUAUUUUGGGCGCUGGUAGAGGGCGCCACCGCCACUGCCUUGCUGGUAGCCGGGGGGUCUGAUGCUAUAUACGCUCUGCAGACUGCGAGUGUAGCGGCAGGACUACCUUACACGUUCGUUUUAUGUUUUGUUUGCAUCGCAACAUGGCGAGGACUGGCUAUGGAGGUUGGAGACCUAAACCCGUACGGUCCUGACUUUGCAGUGUCUCUGGUGGACCCUUUCUGUACCCUGCAACCCAAACUUUGGUGUGGAGUCAUCAGGAACUUGUUCUUAACGCCAGUUUCACUGUACGAAGUCCUGAGACGCCACAAGCUGGGUGCUGUAGGACCAGCUGUAAUGGCGGGACUGUGUUGGGCUGGCUGGGUAGUUCUUAUAAUAUUAGAGAUUGUCAACAUCAACGUCCCAGACAUGCAUCUGGGUGGAAUAUAUUCUCUUGGAUGGGUGUUCUUUUUAGGAUUUGUUACAAUCAUUACUGCUACCAGGGCUAAUAUUCGUAGCCACUAUGGUAUCAAUGGAAACCCGCUCGAGGAUUUCUUUGCAGCGUUGUUUGUGUAUCCGUGUGUGAUGGUUCAACUGGAAACAGUGAGCGAAGAGAACGGAAUUGCCCCCUUGAUGCCUGACAAUAGGGAUUCUCAUCUCUCCACCAUCAAUGUCAUUAACAACAAGAAUCACGAUUAAUCUUAAGUUAUGGGCUGGGAAGCACGACCGCCGCCAUUAUCACAGGGCUGGGAAGCACGACCGCCGCCAUUAUCACAG